AUGUCGUCGGCGGUGAGGAGUCCUCGUAAAAAAGUUCAAAGUGACACAUCCGACCCGGAUCGAACAAGUUCACCGUAUCGACUUCGGGACACUGCAAAAGUGCCAUCAAGAUAUCGAGAUGAUGAAGUAUACUUGUCACCGACUCGAACUAAUAAAAGAACUGGAUCUCCAAAGAAGUCUCCCGCAAAACGUCUGAAUGGUGGUCGAGAUUCUCCUUCUGUCAGCUCUCUGACACGGAAUUCCAGUCUUACAAUGCUCGCAAAAGCAGCUCUCGACUAUGAGUCUUCCAGUUGUGCUCUUGAAUAUAUCCCAAAAGAAGAAACUCGUCGACCGACCAGAAGAGCUCUGGCUCUUUCUCCUCCAACAACUACUAAUGCCAAUGAUCUUCUCGCGAAAGAUUUAGAAAUGAUUGAAAUGCAUCAGAAUCUUGUUGCUGGUUUAGAUGAUCUCAAUAAUCCUGAAAAUAUGACGACAGAGGCGAUGGAACAUCGAGAUGCUCAGUUAUUUUUUAACAUGUUCAGUACGGAUCAAGAGAGAACUGCAAUGAUUAAACAGUUCAAAACUUUCAAAAAUCAAACGAGUGAGGAUGUGAGCACUUUUAUGAGAUCCAAUAUAAAGAAGUUGUACAAUUUGCUUCGAUACAAAAAAGCUCGUCAAUGGGUGAUGUGUGAAUUCUUUUAUUCGGCCAUCGACCAACAAAUAUUCAAAGAAGAGAACGAGUUCGCUUCAAUAAUCAAAGAAUCAUUCCCAAACUUGAAAAACUGGAAUUUGACACGUGUUGAGUGGAGAACGAUUCGAAAAAUGCUCGGAAAGCCACGUAGAUGUUCCAAGGUAUUUUUUGAAGAGGAAAGAAUGUAUUUGGAGGAAAAGCGAAUGAAAAUUCGAAGUGUUUAUGAAGGAAGCUAUUUGAAUGAUCCGUCAAUCGAUUUAAAAGAUCUUCCAGCAAGACUUCCACGUCAAAUGGUGGUCGGAAAUAGAGUUUUCGCACGUAUACGACAUCCAUAUGAUGGUAUUUACUCUGGUUUAAUUGAUGCAGUUAUUCCGAAAGGAUUCAGAGUAAUCUUUGAUAAGUCUGAUAUACCACCAACUCUUGUCAGUGACACUGAAGUUCUUCUCGAUGGAAAAACCGAACUUCUCAGUAUUGCAUACUUCAUCGAAGAAGCCAACUCGAAACUUCCCACCGGUGUUCGCCCAUUCGUCGCGGCUGUUCGUGAUCCAAAUCGUCCACAUUUAUGUCGUGAUGAACUCGUUUCGAGAAAGAUAGAAAGAGGCGGACCGCUGAAUGGUCCGGAUGAUGAGCGAUUAACUGCGAGAAAUUCUGAAAUGGUCGGAAAUUUCCCGUUAAAGUUCUUGGUGAAUCUUGUGAAGUUGACAAAGUUGAUCGAGAUUAAAAGAGGAUUGGUCAAAAAUCUGAAUGAUUUGAAUAUAGAGGCGGAGAUGCAACAUUUGACAACUGAAAAGUAUUCCACUGUUUUUCAGGAGAAAUACGCAAGAACCAUCAUGGAUCUCGAGCAUGUAAAUCAGAAUAUUGACAUCAACAUGAAUGGAAUUCAAGAUCAUCAUAUGUACUUCUCAUCUAACGAUAUUUCCACGACAAACAUGAAGCCAGAAGCAGUGAGAAAGAUGUGUUAUCAACAAGCUGGUCGAUUUGUGGAACAUUGUAAUCAAGGAUUAAAUGUAGAAAAUGUUCAUGCCUUGACUUUGAUUCAAGCAUUGACUGCUGUUUUAUUACAGGUCCGAGCAAUGGGCACUCAAAAAAUCUCAGCAGUUGAUCUGCAAUCCCUCAGUGAUGUCAUCGCGGACAUUCGAAAUCAGAUAAAUCCCCGAAACGUUGCAUUCUUCGAAGAUUUCGUAGAAGUUCAUCUGAAGCAGUUCCAUACGAUAAUGUUGGAGACUGGAGCACUUUCUACGUCAUCUUCCACUUCGCAUUCGAAUAGAAAGUAA